AAAAUAAACAUUACCUUAAUUAAAAAAAACCAACAUAAUUUUGUGUAAAGCUCAAAAAUCAAUAAUGCAAAUCAUAUUGGAAUUAUUCCACACGACUUUGUGAUAGUACCGGUUGAACCCGAUUCUACGGGUGGGCUUUGCUUUCGACAUGACAACCAUGAUCGGUAGAAAAUCCAGCGGCCACCGACGCGAGGGAAAAUUCGAGCCUUCACCCUAACUUACCGUCCGAUCUCUUCCUAUUUCCUUCUCUGUUCUCUUUUCUCAAUCGCAUUCUCAUCACCAUUCCCCUGAUUCCCUCCGUAGUCCCCGUUUCACUUCUCCCUCUCGCAAAGCUCGGAUCUUCAAAAGCAGCAAAUCUAGUCUCCCUCCCUCCAUUCUCUCUCAGUAACUCUUGUGAGUUCUUCUCAGCAGCUCCAUUAAUUCUUUCCCCCUGUGCAGGCUUCUUUGAUUUUCUUACUCAAACAAGCAUUUAUCUUUUCAUCUGUUCGUUUGAUUGGGUUUUGUGGGUUCUCUCCUGCUCCCAGCCGGAUCGCUUGGGCUAUCAGAUUCACUCCCGGCUCUUGAGUCCUCCAUUGACUCGAUUCCCCCUGUAGAAUUUACUUCCUUCGACACAGGAGCUAGAGCUGAAAUUGGUUCUUCCUUCAUUUCCUCGGGGCGAUUCUCUCAUUCUGGGAGGUGGGUUUUGUUAAUCAGGGCCUGCUUUGGGUUGGGAUCCUUUUUGUGUUUAUGAAUUUAUGGGCGAUUUGAAGCUUUUAACCAGACGCCGCCCUGCAAUUACUAUCCCUUUCGAGCAAAUGGAGAGAGGCAAUGGCAAGAACCAGCAGAACCGUCUGUGUAUGUUGGCAUCCCUCUCUGCUUUCUUUUGGAUUCUGUUGCUCUACUUCCAUUUCGUUGUGUUGGGAGGCCGUACCGGUGGCGGUGAUGAAUCAUCGCUCAGAUUACAGUCCAAUCCGCCGGUGGUCGUCGAUCCCAGAAUCCCAGUCCCCGUCCGCGUAGUUGAAGAGGCCCCGCUACCCAAAAUCGCCGCCGCCAAAGAAGAAGUUGUUACCCCUCGUGUCACUGAACAGCAGCAGCAGCAGCCCAAGACUUUCCCCUUCAUGAGAGCUCUGAGAACCUUAGAAAACAAGACCGAUCGGUGCGGUGGGAGGUAUAUCUAUGUCCAUGAUUUGCCUUCACGGUUUAAUGACGACAUGUUGAAGGAGUGCAGGAGCCUGAGUCUGUGGACCAAUAUGUGCAAGUUCACUACCAAUGCUGGCAUGGGCCCUCCAUUGGAGAAUGUGGAAGGUGUGUUCUCCAACACUGGCUGGUACGCCACCAAUCAAUUUGCCGUGGAUGUGAUCUUUAGUAACAGGAUGAAGCAAUAUGACUGCUUGACCAAUGAUUCUUCUCUCGCUGCUGCGAUUUUUGUGCCCUUCUAUGCUGGUUUCGAUAUCGCAAAGUACCUUUGGGGAUAUAACAUUUCGAGGAGGGAUGCUGCUUCUCUUGAUCUGGUUGAUUGGCUUAUGAAGAGGCCUGAGUGGAAGAUCAUGCAAGGUCGGGAUCAUUUCCUGGUGGCUGGGAGGAUUACCUGGGAUUUCAGGAGGCUCUCUGAUGAAGAAGGUGAUUGGGGGAAUAAGCUUUUGUUCUUGCCUGCUGCAAAGAAUAUGUCAAUGCUUGUUGUUGAGUCCAGCCCUUGGAAUGCAAAUGAUUUCGGGAUUCCAUAUCCGACCUAUUUCCAUCCUGCUAAGGAUGCUGAUGUGUUUGUUUGGCAAGACCGGAUGAGGAAGCUGGAGAGGAAGUAUCUCUUCUCUUUUGCUGGGGCGCCACGUCCUGGCAACCCCAAGUCUAUCAGAGGCCAGAUUAUAGAUCAGUGUAGGGGUUCUAAGGUGUGUAAGCUGUUAGAGUGUGAUUUUGGGGAGAGCAAGUGUCACUCUCCCAGCAGCAUAAUGCAGAUGUUUCAAAGCUCCCUUUUCUGUCUGCAACCUCAGGGAGAUUCAUACACAAGAAGAUCAGCUUUCGAUUCCAUGUUGGCAGGUUGCAUUCCUGUCUUCUUCCAUCCCGGGUCAGCAUACACUCAAUACACAUGGCAUCUCCCUAAGAACUUCACUACGUAUUCUGUGUUCAUUCCGGAAGACGAUAUCCGGAAAAGGAAUGGUAGCAUCGAGGAACGGCUUAGUCAGAUUCCUCCCGAGCAGGUUCAGAUCAUGAGGGAGAAUGUUAUAAACCUCAUCCCCCAACUCAUAUAUGCAGAUCCUCGGUCGAAGUUGGAGACCCUCAAAGACGCGUUUGAUGUUGCUGUCCAAGCUGUGAUUGACAAGGUGACAAGGUUGAGAAAGAACAUCAUCCAAGGCCGAACUGAGUACGACAAUUUUGUGGAGGAGAAUAGCUGGAAGUACGCCUUGCUGGAAGAUGGCCAACGGGAGGCUGGAUGGCACGAAUGGGAUCCGUUCUUCUCGAAACCAAAGGGCGAAAGUAGUGGUGAUAGUUCUACUGGUUCAUCAGCUGAGGCGGCGAAAAAUUCAUGGAAAAACGAGCAAAGGGAUCAGAAAUGAUGUUGAAGGUAGAGUAUCAAAUGAAUCAAUGAACUAUACAGAAACAAAGCAGAAGCUAGAGUGGUUCCCUAGACCCAAGCAUUGCGGUAAUCUUUUUCAUGGGAAGCAGACCUUGCCUUUGGUUAGAAUAGCUACAGCAUUCUUGCACUAGAUGAGACCUUGAGCAGGGUUACAAAUUGAGGUUGUAACUUGUAAGUGUUACAUAUGUGGUCAAAGCUGCUUUCUUUAUCAAGUCAACAAGAAAGUAGAUUCUCUGAGCUGCCUGAACCUAUACUUUUGUGAUUCCAUAGGAAACUCUUAUUUACAGUUCCAGCGCUGGCUUUUCGGGUUUUUGAUUACCUCGGCUGGCGAUUCUUUGUAAUUUUUGUUGUGGUGGGUGUAGCAAAGUGUCAUCUUUUCGUACUUUUCUGGUCCAUGUCAUGAUGUAACAAACAAGGCAAUAGAUUCCACUGUUAAAUGAAACAAUAUACUUUUG